AUGGGCAUGGGCGAGAGACAUGCACACGAGGAUCUAGCGAAGGGGAAGGAAUCGGGCACCGAGGUGCCGAUUCCAGACGAGUUACCCAGAGUACUGGCCCUCAUUGGAAGCUUCGUCGUCAGCGGGAAGCAGCAGCAUCAAUCAUCGUACGACCGUGAGACUAGUUCACCCAGUGGCGGACCGGGGGGGGAGGGGAUGAGGAUCAGCCGCUGCGCCAUUUUCGACCGGGUUGCACAGCGGCUUUCUGCCACUCACGAACGCACUCGGGUCACGGUGGGCGGCCUCCGCAAGCCCAUCAUUCGACUCCGCAAUCGCUUCUGGUGGGUCCAGCGUUUGAUGCUGCUGGAUCGUCAUAAAGGGCAAAUAGUAAGGAGCCUUCAAGCCCUGACACAGAUGGAUGUAAAGCGCCUAGAUAACGUCACGGGUCCACCUCUUUGUCUUUCGUCCUCGAGCGUAUCAGCGUCCCUCCACUACUCCGAGGUCUGUUGCCUCUUUGUUCCUACCACGCACCGUUCUGCACGCUGCACUUCGUCGCCCCUUAACUAUUCCUCUCCCAGGAUAUCGGAUAUUGACCCGGCGGUAAUCUGCUCUGCUGCACCCAUUCCGGUCCAUAUUAUUAUUCCCGCUGUCCUGUAA